CGGAAGUGACGCUCUCCCCUCGCGCCGACAACUAGAGGUUUCGAGGAUGGCGGCGCGCAAGGGUCGGCGGCGCACGUGUGAAACCGAGGAGCCCAUGGAGGCCGAGUCCCGCGACGCUGGGUCCGAGGGCCCGGCCCAGGUCUAUCUGCCCGGCCGGGGGCCGCCGCUGCGCGAAGGAGAAGAGCUGGUCAUGGACGAGGAGGCCUACGUGCUGUACCACCGAGCGCAGACCGGCGCCCCCUGCCUCAGUUUUGACAUCGUCCGGGACCACCUGGGGGACAAUCGCUCCGAGCUCCCUCUGACACUUUACCUGUGUGCCGGGACCCAGGCGGAGAGCGCCCAGAGCAACAGAUUGAUGAUGCUUCGGAUGCACAAUCUGCACGGGACCAAGCCCCCACCCUCAGAGGGCAGCGAUGAAGAGGAGGAGGAAGAUGAAGAGGAUGAAGAAGAUCGGAAGCCUCAGCUGGAGCUGGCCAUGGUGCCCCACUAUGGUGGCAUCAACCGAGUCCGGGUGUCUUGGCUGGGCGAGGAGCCGGUGGCUGGGGUGUGGUCAGAGAAGGGCCAGGUGGAGGUGUUCGCGCUGCGGCGGCUUCUUCAGGUGGUCGAUGACCCCCAGGCCCUGGCCGCCUUCCUCCGGGACGAGCAGGCUCGCGUGAAGCCCAUCUUCGCCUUCGCUGGCCAUAUGGGCGAGGGCUUUGCCCUGGACUGGUCCCCCCGUGUGCCUGGGCGCCUGCUGACCGGUGACUGUCAGAAGAACAUCCACCUCUGGACGCCCACGGAUGGCGGCUCCUGGCAUGUAGAUCAGCGGCCAUUCGUGGGCCACACACGCUCUGUGGAGGACUUGCAGUGGUCCCCGACCGAGGACACGGUAUUCGGCUCCUGCUCAGCUGACGCCUCCAUUCGCAUCUGGGACAUCCGGGCCGCCCCCAGCAAGGCCUGCAUGCUCACCACUGCCGCCGCCCACGAUGGGGACGUCAACGUCAUCAACUGGAGCCGCCGGGAGCCCUUCCUGCUCAGCGGCGGGGACGACGGGGCCCACAGGGGGGGGGAGCUGGCGCAGUUCAAGUCUGGCUCCCCGGUGGCCACUUUCAAGCAGCACGUGGCCCCCGUGACCUCCGUCGAGUGGCACCCCCAGGACAGCGGGGUCUUCGCAGCCUCGGGUGCAGACAACCAGAUCACACAGUGGGACCUGGCCGUGGAGCGGGACCCCGAGGCGGGCGAGGCGGAGACCGACCCCGGGCUGGCGGACCUCCCCCAGCAGCUGCUGUUUGUGCACCAGGGUGAGACCGACCUGAAGGAGCUGCACUGGCACCCGCAGUGCCCCGGGGUCCUGGUCAGCACCGCCCUGUCCGGCUUCACCGUCUUCCGCACCAUCAGCGUCUGAGCGGCCUGGGCGCCGACGGUGAGGUUGACUUCCUGGAAGGGACUCGCUCAGAUCUGCGGACCGGCCCUCCUCCAAACAAGGACUUCGCUCAGCCUGUUGGCACCAGGACGGAUUCUGCUUGACUUGCUGUUCUUUAAAGGGCCGUGGUUUGGUCUGAGGACCCUCCAGCCGCAGGACUUGGUUUGAUCCAUGGGCUCUGAGACAGCGGUCGCCAGCCUUCCGGACCUUGUGGAGCACCACCGG